UGCCGAGACAAUAACAGAAGCAUUGGACAAUUUAAACUAAACAAAUUAAUUAUGGGUAUAUUCUUGUCGCGGCAUCACAGCUGGUGUUGCGUGAAAGGACGUCUCCACGCGGCGGCCACCCGGCGCCGGGCGAAGAAAUACUGUCAGUGUGGAAAAGGAGGCCGCCAAUUUAGGAGGCCGAGAUUUUUAAUGAUAAGAAGAAAGAGGCCUGUGUUUCAAGGGUGCACUUUCUGUUCCGGGUCAUACAACUGCUGCCACGAGACUUCACCAGGCCUUAAACCAAAACUACCAAACAAAUCCAUACUACACGCUUCGCAAAUUACAUCCAAAUCAAAUCUUACUGAAUGCGCAUGCACUAAAACUCAAAACUGCAAUGGUAAGUCGAUUCACCAAGCUGGCAUACAGAACCUGUGUAGGUUUACUGUUGAUGCGUACUUUACUUAAAAAAAGUAAUAUACAUGAUUAUGGUCA